AUGGGAAUAUCUGGCACUACUGCAAAAAGGUCCUUUUCAGCUGCAAAUCAGGAACUGGGUAAGGAUUUAGUAGUAAAUGCCGCCCUUGACAAGCUGAAGGAGUUGAAGAAGAGUGAUGAUGACUGUAAAAGCAUGCCUACUGGUGGAGAAUCAAGAGAAUAUCCGGAGUCCAAAUUGAUGUCUGAUCAUAGAACAGAGACUGGUGGUGAAAGCAAGGGAAGAGACAAAGACAGGGACAGGGACAGGGAUAGGGAGAGAAUGAGGGAGAAAGAGAGAACAAAGAGCAGAGACCACGAUAGAGGACGAGAAUCUGACAGGGGACGGGGACGGGAGAAUACUGAAAGGGACACAGAUAAAGUCAAGGAAAGGGGCCACCGUUCGAGGGACAAAGGAAAAGACUCUGAUAAUAUGCCUGUGACAAGCUUUCCUCCCAUCAAGAUCGAGAAUGAUGAAGGCAGUGAAAGUGGAGGUGGAGAUCAAGGCAAUGCCAGUAGUUAG